AUGUUCGCCGCUGAGAGGCCUUUUCUCCAUCGACACAAUAGCAGCAAAUUAUUGUCAAAAUUCCAGGGGCCAUUUUUCUCUACCCAUUCCAUCUGUCAGAUCCCAUUUUCCAAACAGCUCUCAAAGUGCCUUUCAGAGCUCGUUGAUUCUGUUGCCUGCUUGACUGAAGCUUCCCAAAAAGGCUUAGAUAGCAUUCCUCUAGAAGCUCAGCACGGCUUUGAUAUAUUGUUUCUUUUUUGGUGGGUACUUGGGACUUCUCAUUUGAUAUUUAAUGUUGCACGACAGGCCCAUCCUGACUUAAUACAGGCAUUCCAAGCUGUUGCAACAGUUGGAGGAUCUGGGAGUUUGGGCACCUCUGUCAACAAAUCUCUUAAUGCUGCGAUAGUUGGUGACAAUCCUCCUCAAGGGAGGGGAGUUGAUGAAAGAGCUGCCCGUGCAGCAACUGAAGUCAGAAAGAAAGCUACAGCUAGGGGCCUCUUGAUACAUCCACAUGGCGUUUCAGUACAAGCUAUGCCACCACUUACUCAACUCCUCAAUAUUAUCAAUUCAUGUAUGACCCCUGAUGCGACAGAAGGUGGGGAAACUGAUGGAGUGAAGAAGGAAGCCAAUGGCCAUCCUUCAAAUGGCCCAGUGGAUUCCAAAAAUGAUUAAUUGACAUCAGGGCAGAAAGAUCAGGCUCCUAUUGGAUUGGGUACAGGCUUAGCAUCAUUAGAUGCCAAGAAACAAAAAGCCAAAGCCAAAGCUGCAACUUGAAUUGUUGCACAGUUGAGAUUAUGCUGAUAGGUAAGGAAACCCCUUAUUUAUUUAUGAGAUUUGGAAUGAUUUUCAAUAUGGCAUCAGAGCCUUUUGUUUUGUCUGUUUGAGUGAUGAACAAUCUCGUUUAUCCAUGGUUCUUAGAAGCUAUAAAGGGUAUAGAGAUGUGCUUGUUGACUGACAGGUAUUCCUUUUCAUUUUAACCAAUAAUCAAGGUCAUAUACUCCGAAGAUCAUGCCAGCCAAUAGAUUAAAUAUAUUCUUCUAGGUACUUAUUGAAGAAUGAACUUGUCAGUUUUCCUAUCUUUUGAUUUUUAAUUAAAUUUUGAGCAAUUUUGGGGCAUCAUGUGAAAGCAUUUCAAUGUUGAAUAUGUAAAACAGUGUGUUAAUUUCCC